AUGGAUGUCACCGGGUUGAAGAGCUACAAAGAGCUGGUGAGCCUGACCGAGGAGGAGAAGAAAGUUAGUCUGAAGGAGUAUCUGAAGGAUAAAGAGAGAUCAGAGCUGCUGAUCAAAAAGUUUAAGAACUUCUACAUUGAUUUGUCUCGCCAAAGGUAUGGAGCGAAGACGCUGAGCAAGUUAAUUGAGUACGCGGAGGAAGUAAAACUGAAGGAAAAAAUUGAAAAAACAUUUAAAGGAGAAAAAAUGAACAUGACAGAAAAUAGGAGUGUCCUUCACACUGCCUUGCGAAUGCCAAUCGAAAAAAUAAAUACACACAAAAUUGUAGUGGACGGAAAAAAUAUUCUUGAAAAUGUACAUGAGGUGUUAAAGAAAAUUGAAGCAUAUUCAAAUAGCAUUCGAAAUGGAACUAUAAGGACUUGCAAAAACACCAAAUUCAAAAAUUUAAUAUGUAUAGGCAUAGGGGGGUCGUACCUUGGAACAGAGUUUGUGUACGAGGCGAUGAAGUACUACUAUUACAACACGAUGCUGGAGAAGACUGAAAAAAAAAAAAAAAAAGAGGCAAACCAGGGGGAAAGCAAAAAUGAGGGAGAAAGUAAUUUCCACAUGGAUUAUGAUCAAGACGAAAUAAUUAAUGUACGAUUUUUGGCCAACGUAGAUCCAAACGAUAUUAAUAGAGCUGUACACAAUAUUGACCAGACGGAUACACUUAUUGUUAUAAUUUCGAAAACAUUUACAACAGCGGAGACGAUGCUAAAUGCGAGAUCUAUGAAGCAUUGGCUAAAGUUAAAAAUAAAGGAUGACAAAGAAUUGAGUAAACAUAUGGUUGCAGUAAGUACAAACUUAGAACUCACAGACGAAUUCGGUAUAGUGCGCGAAAAUGUAUUUGAAUUUUGGGACUGGGUAGGAGGAAGAUUUUCUGUAACGAGUGCUGUGGGUAUUCUACCUCUUUCCAUUGCAUUUGGCUAUGAAAAUAUGAGGCUCUUCCUGAAUGGUUGCCACGAUAUGGAUGAACAUUUUUUAAAAACAAAAUUCGAAGAAAACAUUCCUGUGCUCCUAGCACUAACCAGUUUUUACAACAACCAAUUUUGGGAUUGUAAAAACGUAGCUAUUUUACCAUAUUUCCAAAACCUGCUAAAAUUUUCUGCUCAUAUUCAGCAGCUGUCCAUGGAGAGUAAUGGGAAAACGGUGGACCGAAAUAACAAGUUUAUUAAUUAUAACACGUGCCAGGUGUUUUUUGGAGAACCAGGGACAAAUGGACAACAUAGCUUCUAUCAGUUAAUUCACCAAGGACAGAUAAUUCCAGUAGAACUGAUCGGCUUCAAACAUUCCCACUUCCCUCUUCAUUUCCCAAGUGAAAAAGUUAGUAACCAUGAUGAACUGAUGACGAACUUUUUUGCACAGGCCGAUGCCUUGGCUAUGGGAAAGAGCUUAGAACAAGUAGCUCAAGAAAACGAAACGAACAAAAAAAAAAUGGCUCCAGAAUUGUUAACCCAUAAAGUCUUCCAAGGCAACCGACCUUCCACACUGUUACUUUUUGAUGAAUUAAACUUCUACACCUGCGGAUUGCUUCUCUCUUUGUACGAAUCCCGAAUCGUCGCGGAGGGAUACCUACUCAAUAUCAACAGCUUCGACCAAUGGGGUGUCGAGCUGGGAAAGGUUCUGGCCAAGGAGGUUCGCAACUACUUCCACGAAGUGCGUUCCAAUAAGGAGCCCCCCGCCACCUCCUACGAGUUCAAUGAGUCCACUAAGAUAUUGCUGAAGUAUUACCUCAGCUAG